AUGAAGAUCUACUGGAGCUUCUUCAUGGUUUUCUGCAUGACUUCCAGUGUUUUUUGCACGACAACGAAAUACUUUACGUUUGAAGAAGACGCACCGGGUACUGAAAUCGGAAAUCUUUCUGAAGACCUGAAGAUAGAUCCAUCGGAGGAUCCUGAGACGUCCUUCAAAUUCAUCCAGAAAUCCAACUCCAUCGUUGACAUGAGGCAAAUGGACGGCUUGCUGACAGUCGGAGAAGUUAUCGAUCGAGAGAAACUCUGCCAGAGAUCUCCACAGUGCCUCAUAACGUUCGACGUCGUGGCUUUCUCCAAGGAGAAGUUUCAACUCAUCCACGUGGAGAUCGAAGUUAAAGAUAUUAACGAUCACUCGCCGCAAUUCACGCGCAACGAAACGCAUUUGGACAUCUCAGAAGAUGCUCCUCCAAACUCCAGAUUUCCUCUUGACGUCGCCGUUGAUCACGACGUUGGAGAUAAUUAUAUUCAAAGCUACCAUAUUUCACACAACAGCCACUUCGUUGUUGAAGUCAGCACUCUUGAGGAUGGAGAGAAAUCAGCAGAGCUUGUGUUAAUCAAAUCGUUAGAUCGAGAAACCGAAGACUUUUAUACUAUCGAAGUGACUGCGACGGAUGGAGGAGCGCCUCAGAAGUCAGGAUCUACAACUCUUUAUAUUCGAGUGUUGGAUUUUAAUGAUAACAGUCCCACAUUUGAGCACAGCUCAUUAAAAGUGGAGCUCGGCGAAGAUUCUCCAAUCGGCUCACGUGUGCUGAAAGUUCACGCUUUCGAUCCUGACGCCGGCAUUAAUGGAGAAAUCGUGUACGGAUUUGUUGAAGGUUCUCCAUCUGAAGUGACCCGAGUUUUCCAAAUCGACCUCAUUAGUGGUGAGGUGACUCUCAAAGACAAUGUUGACUAUGAAACCAAGAAAUCCUACGAGUUACAUAUUCAAGCUUCAGAUUUGGGCGCAAAUUCUGUGUCGUCAACAUGUCGAGCGAUUGUUGAUAUUAUUGAUGUUAAUGAUAAUGCGCCGGAGAUUAGCAUCAAACCGAUGACUUCAACUAGCGACGGAGUAGCAUUCAUUACUGAAGCGGCAGCCGAAGAAAGUUUUGUCGCUUUAAUUAGCACUUCCGAUAAAGAUUCGGGGCCGAAUGGUUAUGUUCGGACGAGUCUUGAAGGACAUGAGCAUUUUAAACUACAGCAAGCCUACAGCGACACGUUUAUGAUCAUAACAACCACAACUUUAGACAGAGAAUCCAUCAGUGAGUACAACCUGACUGUGAUUUCUGAGGAUUUAGGAACGCCUCCAUUUAAAACGGUCAAACAUUACACAAUCCGCAUAACCGAUGAGAACGAUAAUCCUCCGCUGUUCAGUAAAUCAGUCUACGAUGUGUCUGUGAUCGAAAACAACAUUCCCGGAUCCUACAUGACUACGGUUGUGGCACGGGAUCUGGAUGUCGGGAAGAACGGAAAGGUUUCCUAUAGUUUAGUGGAAAGCAAAGCACCUGAUGGUUCAUCGAUAUCAACAUUUGUGUCUGUCGAUCCUCAUUCGGGAUCUUUGUAUACGUUGCGAUCGUUUGAUUUCGAGACUCUUAAAGACGUCCAGUUCUCCGUCAAAGCCACCGAUAAGGGGUUUCCUUCGUUAUCUAGCACUACGCUCAUUCAGAUACGAGUGGUGGAUGAUAAUGAUAACUUCCCGUAUUUUACCUAUCCAGUUCUGCGCAAUAAUUCGGCUGAAAUUCCCAUUCCGAUGAAUGCUAAUGCUGGUUAUUUAGCGCUAAAAGUCACAGCUAAAGACGAAGACAGCGGCGUUAAUAGCGAACUUCAUUAUCAUAUACUGGAAGAUGAAGCGAAGCUGUUUUCUGUUGAUAAACACACUGGUGAAAUCAUCCUGAAGCGCAAACUCACAGCAUCAGGUGGAGACAUCCUGCAGAUUUACGUGUCUGUGGUUGACGGAGCUCGAGAACCGCUUUCUAGUAGCGCAAAUAUUCGGUUUAUCGUGACCGAUACUGGUGUUCAGGAGGAUCAGAUUGUGGUUUUAUUGCGAGCCAAAGACGAUGAGACUUUUGAGUUUGAUUUGUGGAGCAUCUUGGUGAUCAGUUUUGCUGGAGGUUGUGUGCUGUUGCUGACUGCCAUUAUCAUCCUCACCGUGAGCUGCACCAUCAAACGCAGACGGAGGAGUUUCGGGAGAGACGCGCUUUAUGGGUCGACCCCGCUUUCCAAAAACAACCCAGCAGGACCCAGCAUUUACAGCGGCCCCAAUGGCUUCCUCAGGAGUGAAGGAGAUUCAAUGCAGCCCUGUUUAUAUGAAGACAAGAGUCUGAGCUUUGAGGAAAAGCUGUUCCUGCCAUGCAAACCUUUUGAACAGACAUUUUUAUGGCAAGAUGAAAAAUACUGUCUGCAGAGAAGCGGCACCACAGAUCAGCUGAGCGUGAAGGACAGCGGGAAAGGAGACAGUGAUUUCAACGACAGUGACUCUGACUCCAGUGGAGGAGCUCAGAAACCUGGACUGACCACCUUCCAGCCUCUGGCCAGAGGCUCCUUCUGCAGCUCCUCUGACUGGAAAGUCAAACCCUGUGUCAUUCAGACCCGAAACCUCCACGCUCCCCCUGGCAGCUCCUACACCCUGGGCUUCAGCCGCACGCCGCUCUACAACCACACCCACUGCAGCUCUCACUUGUGGAGAGAUGGAGUCGGCGGAACCCUGAACACACAGAGGCCCCUUCAGACCUUCCGGAGUGGGACCCUGCCCUCAUACAGAGCCCAUCAGAUGCGCAGAGCCGUGAUGGAGAUCCAGGAGCAGAACGAAGAUCUGCAGGACACGCUCAUGAUCAACGCUGCCGCAGAGGUCGCCACCACAUUUUAA